GGCGGGGCUCUGCGGGCAAAGUCCUCCGCCAUGAGCGCGACGCGCGGCGGCCUCUCGGCCCUCCCCGUGCUGCCAGGGGAGGUGGUCCUGGAGGCGGCGCGGGGAGUGCGGCACCGCGGGGCGGGCGGCUCGGUGCGGGGCACGCUGCUCUGCACCAACGUCCGCGUGGCGUUCGUGCCCGGAGCGCAGCCCCCCAGCUUCAGCCCCUUCCUGCAGAGCGACUACAGCGUGGCACUGCGCUGCAUCCGCACACUGGUGGCAGCCAGCAGCUUCACCAAACCCACGGUGCUGACGGCCGCCUCCAGCCUCACCUUCAUACCCGAGGAGCUGGCAGUUUUCUGCCGGGAUUUCCGUCUGCUGCGCUUCCACUUCCCAGAGAACGGGCUGGGGCUGCAGGCGUUCCGGGUGGCCAACGCCAUCGCCCGAGCGCGGGACACGGCCACGUGGCCAGGGGACAGCGGGAGCCACGUGGAUGCCACGAUGGGAGACGAUGAGGAUGAGGACGAAGGCUCCCCCCCCACGCUGCUCUUCGAGAGCCUCCAGGAUUGGGAGCGAGAGCUGCAGCGCCUGGGGGCAGUGGGUUGGAGGGUGAGCGCCGUCAACGAGCGCUUCGAUAUGGCCCCCAGCCUGCCCCGCUACCUGUGGGUGCCCAGCACGCUGCUGGACCACGACCUCAAGCGGACGUUCGCCCACUUCCAGGAGCGCCGCCUGGCUCGGCUGUGCUGGCACCACCCAAAUGGCAGCGACCUGCUGAGAGCCGCUGGCUUCCACGCAGCUUCAGAGCCGGGCAGCGAGGACAUCAGGUGCCUGGAGGUGCUGCUGGGUGCCGGAUGCAGGCCGUGUGUGCUGGCUGACACCGCCGAGCUGCCCAGCCCCCCCGACAUCCAGCUGGCUCACCUCAGGCUGCGGGCGCUGUGCCUGCCUGGUGCAGCAGCUGAUGAGAAGUGGCUGUCGGCGCUGGAAGGGACGCGGUGGCUGGAGCACGUCCGAGGCUGCUUGAGGAAAGCUGUGGAGGUGGCAUCGCUGCUGGCAGGGAAACGGUGCUCUGUUGUCCUGCAGGAGCCUUCAGACCGUGACCUGAGCUGCCUGCUGGCCUCCCUGGUGCAGCUGCUGGCGGACCCCCAUGCACGCAGCCUGCAUGGCUUCCAGAGCCUGGUGCAGCGCGAGUGGGUGGCAGCGGGGCACCCCUUCCCUCAGCGCCUCGGUCUGCGCCGGGACAGCGCCCGCGAGGAGUCCCCCGUCUUCCUGCUGUUCUUGGACUGCACCUGGCAGCUGCUGCGGCAAUUCCCGGCGGCGUUUGGCUUCACCGAGGCGUACCUGCUGGCCCUGCACGACAGCACCUUCCUGCCCUACUGCAGCACCUUCCUCUUCAGCUGCCAGAGGCAGAAGGGCCGCGGUGGGGCGCAGCAGCCUCGCACCCAGACCUACACCCCUGUGAGCGGCCGCUGGGACCCCCCCCCGAGCAGCACCAGCAGCCGUUUGCCCCCCGUCUGGGCCUGGGGGCUGCGCUACAGCCGGCAGCAGCGGGCGCGAUUCCGGAACCCGGCGUGGGACCCCGGCCCCGUGGGGACCCCCGAUGCUGCGGACCCCCAGAACACGGGCACACCUGCCAGUGCCUGGUCAGGAUCGAGCUCUGGGGCGGUGCUGGCUCUGUCCAAGGGCUCUCUGACCCCACAGCCCUUCCCGUGGCGGAGCGGCCGUCCCCCCCCUCGCCUGCUGCGCUGGGCCCCCUCCCUGGAGACCCUCAGUGAUCGGGGGGGUGACCCUAUUCCCACAGCCCCCCGGGGGCUGCUGCUGCCCUGUGCUGCAGGACCUUCCGUGCGGCUCUGGCGACGCUGCUACCUGCGGGGUCUGCCUGAGGCACAGCGUGGCCGCCUGGCCCCGUGCCCGGCCCUACUGCUGGAGGAGCUGGCUCUGCUGCAGGACCGGCUCCAUGCAUGGCAGCAGGAUGGGGCCCACGCUGAGCCCACCAGCAGCCCCCUGGCACCCUCACGGUGAGGGUCUCAGGGGGCCCUGGGGGUGGGAGCCCCCCCUGAAGGGACACACACUGCAGGGGUGGACUCAUCCCUCGGGGUCCCUCCAGUCGGGGGGUUGUGGAGGGACGCGGCCCCCCUGGCUCAGCUGCUUCCUUUUGCUCCACGCUGGGGCCGUGGCUCUUUGGAGCCUGGGAUUUUUGGGGGGAGCAGCAUUUUUUGGGCCCUGGGCUUUUUUGGGGACCACGGCUCUUUGAGACCUGAGGAUCUGGGGGCUUACAGCUUUUUGAGGUCCACGGCUCUUUAUUGCCUGUGUUUUUCUGGGCAGGCUGGGGCCUUUUGGGGACCACAGCUUUUUGGGGCCUGUGGUCCGUUAGCGCCUGGGGCUUUUGGGGGGCCUGUAGCUUUUUGAGCCCUGUGGCUUUUUGGAGCCCCAGAGCUUUAUGGGGCCCACGGCUCUAUGGGGCCGCAUUCCUCACUGGAGGCCCUGCAGCGGCGCUGGGGUUCCCCUCUGCCGCGGCUCAGGGGGGAUCAGCGCCAUGGGGCGGAGCGGUUCUGACCCCUCAGCACAACGCGGGAGCCGCGGCCGCACGGCGCGACUGGAGGGGGGGAGGCUGGGCCGCGUGUCAGCGGUGUUUGUAUUUGCCUAUUAAAGCACAGCGUUCUGCAGGCAA